AUGAUGAAAUUAUUUUCCAUAAAUGAUCUUGUUAAAUUAGAAGAUUUAAUAUAUACUCGUUCAUUUACUUAUUUUUUAAAAACCCGUCAACUGUUAUUUACAAGUACUGUUACACCAAUUAAUAAAAAUAUUGUUCGUCGUCUUGCUUCACCUGAUGAUGAACAAGAAUUACAAUAUAUACAAAUUUGGCAUGAUGAACAUUUAAUAUUUGGUUAUGAAAUUAAUGACAAUAGAAUCUCAUCACAUGGAAAAAUUUUACCUAAAAAUGAUUAUGCAAGUUUUUUUGAAUGGAGUCCUGAUUCUCGUCGAUUAGUUUUUACAGCAGAAGAAAAACAUAAAUCAUUAAAAUCUUAUUUUACAGCUGAUAAACUUCAUGAAAUUGGAGAGCCUGUUAGUAUUUAUCGAGAAAAUUGGGGUGAACAAAUGGAAAUAUUCGAAACAUCUGUUGUAUGCAUAUUUUAUCUUGAUACAAAACAAAUUAAAUUAAUUGAAAAUCAACCAAAAUCUUUAUAUUUUGGUCAAUUUUUUUCUUGUAAUGUUGAAUAUUUAAAUCCAACUGCUGCACUAUUUACAGCUGAAUAUGAUACUCAAUUUAAAGGUAUUUAUAUACCUCUUCUAUUUCGAUGUUAUUCUUCUGAUGGACGUUAUCUUCUUCUUUGUUCUCUAUCUGGUUCAUGUAAUGUUUUAUACAUUUAUGAUUUUAUUGAACAAAAACUUAUUUUUCUUGAUUCACCAUUGGGUGUUAAUACAUCUGUUAAUGGUCUUGCUAUUUUUGGUCAUUAUGUUGUAGUAAAUAUUGUUGGUUUUCGUACACCUUAUCAAUUAUAUGUAUUUGAUUUAAAAACUUUGAAUAACACAGAUAAAGAUAAUAAUGGUUGA